GACUUCGCCACAUGAAUUAUGUGAAGGUAUAGCGAUACAUGGUUAAUUUCUCUCAGAUAGUGGCUGCACAGAAUAAUAUUCUCAAUAUAUAAAGACUUCACACCUUCCAAGGCUUCAUUUGUUUUCGUUGUGUCGUUCGAGCCAUUUGACUUUGAUCACGACUUCUAUCAUUUUCUCAUAGACCAGAAAUGUAAAAUUCUCUUGUGCUGUCUGACAUUUUGAGAACCCUGGGACGGCUUCAUUCAGACAAUAAUCUAAAGCAGACGAUUUUAUAGGAAAAGACGAAGUUUCCCGCCAAGUUGUGCCCUGAGACUCAUUUAGCUAUUAAGCCCCAAAUUGGAAAAUCCCUGGUCCUGUAACAAUGUACGAAUCUCGAGAACUCGAUGAUGAUACCAUCAUUGGCAUCAUUCUUGGGCAUGCCGAUACUCAAGAAUACUUAAAUCGACCAAAGAGGAGCAAAACACAUCAACCAACGACCAAAGUGGAGCCAAAAAAUAUGAAGAAGAAGCGCCCCUCAAAUAACGAAUGCCCGGGCAGUAAAAUGCUUCGAACAUUUCGGAAAUGCUUUGGAGGCCUCGUCUCAAGAACUAUUUAGCCCUUUCCAAUUGCAUUAUGGCGGUUUUUUAUGAUUCUUUUUCUCGAAACAUGUGACGUGAGCAGAAAUACAGGACAUUUAUGUCACUUCUUUCUCAAUUAUGGUGUGCAUGAAUUCGUGUCAUCAACCAUCAACGCGUAUAUAGUAUCUGCAUAGCUUUAUAACCGUCAAUAUUGUUUCAUUAUCAGAUGCAUUCAUAACUAAUGACUAUGACGGCAUUUUCAAAAUAACUCUCCAAAAUAAUAAGAGUACUGUAUAUGCAAAUAUUCAAACACUUCACAACUUACAAGGCUUCAUUGAUUUUUGUUUCGUCGUCUGCGCGGACCGUUUGACUUUGGCAAAAAGAAUCUGUUAUAUUUUUCUUUUUCUCGUGAGCCUGGACGACAAACUCACCUUGAUUUUAUACUGUCUGAUUUUUUUUUUACAUUGAGAGAACUCUGGAAGAAACUUCAUUGAAAUAGAUAUUGCAAGAAAGAAAGAAAAUGUUUGGGUUGCGUGGGAUGCGUCUUCUCACCAAAUAAACAUCAACUGAAACAUCUGUUGUUCUUGCAACAAUCACUUUGAAAAUUUAUACACACGACAUUGGAAAAUGCGAAGUUUCCCGCCAAGCCGUCAAUCGAGUCCCACUUUUCAGAAUGUGUCGUUCUGAUGACUUAGCCAGAAUGGAUAAUUCUUAAGAUAAAUCUUACAAAUCUCUUUAUCAAAACAAUGUACGAACCUCGAAUACUUUAUGAUGACAAAACAAUUGGCAUCAUCCUUGGACAUGCCGACACACUGGUAUACUUGAAUCGAACAAAGGCCAAGAGCAAGGUGUCCAAAUCACCUAUCAGCAGAAAGGCACAUAAGAAGCCUCCUCAUUGUCCUUCACGUUCCUCGAUCUUGCCCAAAAGUGACAAAAUGAAGCGAGAAGUGCUUCAAGGGCCUUGCCUCAGGAGUUGCUUCGUCAUAUCUAUCUUCUUCAGCAUCGUCGGGAUUGCCCUGGUUGUCGCCGGCACGGUCAUGCUCACCAGACGACGGUCAUCAUCAUCGCCGUCAUCGUCGGGUAGCAACCACCAGUGGAUGCUCAUCUUGGGGUUACUGACGGUCUUUGUGGCAAUUGCUUGUUACCUGUGUCUUCGGAACUACUGCGUCUACCAUCUAGGAGAAGCUCCUGUCAAGGUGUUGUCCAUUGAAGGGGAAGAACUGAAAGGUGGUAAAUACCAAGUGGUGAAGAAUGUUGAGGAUAGUGAGAAGGGGCACACUGAGUCAGAGAUUGUGCCACAUCUGCAGGCAGAUGAAACACAAGAUAUGGAACUUAAAAAAGUCUCGGAUGAAGAGGAGAAUGACAUCUCCACAAGGGAAGGACAUACGACCAACGAUGUCAGUCUCACAUUGAUAGAAGAGCAAAGAAGAGAGUCCACAUCUCUGCUAAUUCACUCUGACACAGAAUGUCAUCUCGAUGACCAUCUCGACGUCGGGUUCCAAAGAGAGCUUCGAAGGAUGUCCAAGGUUUCGCAAGUUUAGGGAUCGAGCCCCAGAUAAUAUUUGCGCCAUUAGAUAUUUGGAUUAGAGUACUAUUAUCUUUCUAAUCAAGAUUGGAUUUUCCAAUAUGACUUACUGUAAUGUUGGUGCGUGAAAAGGACAACGAAAAUAGUAUAAUCACAUGCAGUAAUAUAGAUUUUAAGAAUAUUGCAAUUAGUAAUUAAAAGUACAAUUAUUCAGUAUUCUAAAACUUUAUAGGAAUUUGAUUACCGUAU